ACUCCUCCUUUUUCUGCGCUCGUGGAUAGAAAUCGCUGAUUAAAACAACAAAGGGCGAAUGAGCCCAAACGAAACAGGAACUAAUAGACGUCCAAUGAAUAGGCAACUUAACGAAAUGCUGGGAUGAAAUUUAUCUAUUAAAGAGACUAUUAAGGAAAACUUGGAAUAGAGAGAGCGCCAACAUUAUUUCUAAAUUAAUGAAAUGGAAACCGUUCUUCAUUGCAUAGACUCGGGCAUUUCAAAGGAUUCUUAAAAAUGAAGUUGACAUUACCUAAUAUUAAAAAAAGAUCGCUAGACAUUUUCUAAAUUCCAUUCGAGACCUUCAAAAAAUAAGUGAAAAUGAAAAUAAUUGUAUAAAGUUCAAGGUUUUAGAUUUCUACAGUGAAAUGACUUUUCAUCGGUUUAUUAAGAUGGUCAAGGCUCGACAUUCGUUAUUUCAGCUUACACUUACUGUUUGGAUAUGAAUGAAAAUCUCAGAAUUAGUCUGGAAUUUGAUUAAUAAUUUGUAAAUCUGUAACCACGUGGCUUCCAUUUUGAUUCGAUAUAAUUGUCUCACCAAUUAAAAAAAUAUUUAAUUUGGUGGAAAAAUUGAAAAACAUUAACAAUUUCUCAAAACCAAAUACGUUUUGAUAUUUUGCUUUCAAUGAUUACCAAGUAUGGACGAUUAAUGAACUAGAGACAAAUGAGUACUUCUGUACUUUCUCCUUUCUUAAAGGACUUUUUAAAUGCUUUGAGGACAACUGAAGUUGCACAAAACUUUUUGUUUAUAGCUUAAUCCGUUCUACUAACAUCCUGUUCUUGGAAGUUUAUUUUUCAAUGCAACGCCUUUCGAAUCGAUCCAACUUUACUAUCGAUUCCUUAAUAUCUCCUCAAGUAUCGAAUCCCCAACCCCCAACAGUUCAGACCUUGUCCUUGCCCCUCUUCUGCAGAGGACUCUUCAUUUUCCCCCGGGAGAAUUUGGGGCAUCUCCCUUUUUCCCCCGAUGCUGCAACAAGAUGUGCCACCGAGAUGUCUUCUCCGGCUGCAACGAUGCUCAAUAAGGAAGAUGAAAAAUCAGCUGAGAAGAUAUGGGCUCUGGCGCCUGCUCCCAGCCGCCAGCUGUCUCCGGAUUUCUCCCACACCAGUGAAUCUUCGGACGGGGACGAAGCAGCGAGGAGCCCCGUCAAAGGAGCGGCGGCUUACGGCGACGGAGUGCUGGCGUCGGUCGGGGGUAAAGCCCGCCGCAAGCGCACCGCUUUCACCAGUGAACAACUCCUCGAACUCGAAAAGGAAUUCCACUCCAAAAAAUACCUUUCCUUGACCGAACGCUCCCAGAUCGCCCAUUCUCUCCAGCUGAGUGAAGUGCAAGUGAAAAUCUGGUUCCAAAACCGGCGUGCGAAAUGGAAACGAGUGAAAGCAGGCAUUCCAUCGGGCAGGAUCCCGACGAAUCCCAACGCACCCAAGAUUGUAGUGCCCAUUCCUGUCCACGUCAACCGAAUAGCUAUUCGAAGUCAGCAUCAACAGUUAGAGAAAUCGGGUUCCAGAUAGAAUGGCUCACUCUAAAGGGAUUAAAGAUAGGCAGUAGAAAAAAGAUUGUCAUUGACAUUCAAUUUUCUUUGCUUCUAAAUACUAAUAGUGAGGAUAUUCGCCGAACUUUUCUUUAAUUUUAAUCUGCAGUUAAAUGGAAAACAAUAUUAGUAACAGACAAUUUAUUUUUUCUAAGAAAGUAGGGUAUUAGUAUAACUAUGCAGCAGCAAUACAAUUAAAUCAAUGAAUUAUUUAAAAAAAAAAGAAAAUGAUUUUUUUUUAAAGCGGAAUAGUUAGGAAAUCUUGGCUACUCUUUUCGAAAAAAUCAGUUACAGAUUAAAAAACUAUAAUCCAUAUUUUCUUAAACUUUAUAAAUAUAAUUUUUAAUCGACUUUAAGAAAUCUUGACGUUGUAAUAGAAAAUGAAUCAUUAAUAACCAACGAAAAGGAUUCUAAAUAUUCAAAUAACUGUUUAAUGAAAUCAAAAACUUCUGUAAUAGUCCGUUGCGAUUUCCAUUUUAUAUUUGGAAUUAAAUAAAAACUUAAUUAAAUGUACUUUCAUCGAAUUUAAAAGAUAAAAUAUUUCAUUUGUUUCAUUUUUACUCAAUGAUAGAGCAUAUAUUUCUUUCGUGAAGAAAGCAACACUCCAUUUAGGCUUUAUCCAGGAAUCAUUUUGAUCACUAAUUGAGAUUCACAAGUUUCAAAAUAACACUUUGGGAUUCAUAACGGCGAUAAUCGAUCAUUUAUUGCUGUUUUUUGUAGCUGCAUGCAAUCUUAAAAACCUACGAUACUUUUUUGUUACAGAUUCGUAACUUUAUUCGUUUGUUUUAUUACUGCCAAAGAAUGUGCUCGUUCAUUUUGAAAAAAAUAAAAUGAUAGAUAAUAGGGUAAUAAUUAUUUCGAAUGAAGUGUGGAAAAGAUUCCUCAGGUGUUCAAAAGUACUCAAAUGCGCUAUCAUAAUAAAAGGAAGUAUUGAUGGCACAGAAAAUUUGCAAUUCAUUCACACGUCCUACUUUAUCAAGUCUUUGCAGUGCUUUCCAUCUCAGUAUUUUUCUCCUCCACUGUACUCAAAAAAUAACUCAUAUUUAUUUCAUUUAUAUCUUCCUGCAUAUAGUGUUUCUCAUAGAAUAAAAGAAGAAUUAAUUCUUCGACUUCAAUAAAAAAAAUCCGAAAACAAGAUAGAAAUUUUUUGUUGGACUAAAAAAAAAAAUAUAUAUAUAUAUAUUGAUAGAAAUUUUUGCUUUACUAAACAGUGUUAUCGAUUCAGUCUCUAAUAAAGGAUAUCAAUACUGCAAAGACUAUUUAGAAACAAUGUGAUUUCUAAACCUGAAAUCUGAUAAAUGCCUUGGCUCAUGCGUUAUUAUCUCAGGAAGCUCAAAAUACGAAGUAACUGAAAAGAAAAACAACUUUAACAAACCUUGCGACUGAUUUUUGUUUAGGCAAAUGUGACACUUUGCAGUUAUUGACAGAGUGAAUCAUAAUGUCAUGGACAUUUGUUUGUGUGACAAACCUCUCUAUUGAGAAUGAAAAAUACUUACUGAAGUGUGGUAAAUAAAUUUUCUAGAUACAAAUGUAUCCUUGAAAAUUUAUGUAAAUCACCUGAUAUAAAAAAUCAAAACUUGUACAACGAGUUUUAUUUAUCAUCAAUUAUUUGUAUGUAAAUGUCCUUUUUCCUUUCUUGUGCUUGAAAAUGUUUUUCCUUUUUUCCUGUAAUACUCUUUGGCAAACACAUUAAGCAAAAUUGAAUAAA